CAACCUGCUGCUCCUCUGUUAACCCUGUAGGCCACUGGCAAUAGGACUUGACAAAUAUAUUUGUAAUUAAGGGCUAGAUAUCUGUUCUGCUUAACAGAUUACCAGGACUUAUGAAUGAAAUAUCACAGACUACGGGGACAGAAAGAGACAGAAUAUAUAAGCGCAUUCGGAGCUUCCUGUCCCGCUCUAACUGUCGGAGUAUAAUGGUGGCUUUUAAAGGGAUCUGGACAAAGAGCUUCUGGAGGGCUGUGUCAGGUGAAUAUGCAGCCAGCUUGAUCUUUGUGCUCCUCAGCCUUGGCUCCACUAUCAACUGGGCUGCAGGGGAGGACAAUCCCCCUCCUGCUGACUUGGUGCUGAUCUCCCUUUGCUUUGGCCUCAGCAUUGCCACUAUGGUUCAGUGUUUCGGGCACAUCAGUGGCGGCCACAUAAACCCAGCUGUCACUGCAGCCAUGGUUAUAACCAGAAAGUUAAGCCUUGCAAAAGGUGUGUUCUAUGUGGUGGCUCAGUGUCUAGGAGCCAUCACCGGAGCUGGCAUACUCUACGCUGUUACACCUGCGGAUGUUCGAGGAUCUCUCGGUGUUACUAUGGUGAACUCCAAGAUCUCAUUAGGACAUGCCCUUCUUGUUGAGCUUUUCAUUACUUUCGAACUGGUCUUCACCAUCUUUGCCACUUGUGAUCCCAGACGUACAGACCUAAGUGGCUCUGCAAGCCUAGCCAUUGGAUUUGCAGUAGCUAUCGGACACUUCUUUGCAAUUCCUUACACAGGAGCCAGCAUGAACCCAGCUCGUUCAUUUGGACCUGCGAUGGUCACACUUAACUUUGACAACCACUGGGUGUACUGGCUGGGCCCUGUUCUGGGAGGAAUCUUGGCUGCAGCUUUGUAUGAAUAUCUUUACUGUCCCGACCCUGAAGUGAAACAGAAGCUGAAGCAAGUCUUUACGAAGGAAUUAACAGGAAAGUACAAAGUGGUGGAAAGUGAUGAGACCAUCAUCAAGCCAGGCUCUAUCCAUAACAUUGAUCUUGCAGAGAAAGUAGAGAAGAAUGAUCCCUUUCAGGAGUCGUCCGGAGAAGUACUGUCCUCUGUAUGACUAUCACACGCACUGGAAAUGGAGACCAAUUUAUAAAAGAUGACAAGCAAACUUCUAUCGUAAAGCAGACUAUAAUUUCUGUCAGAAACGCAAGGCUGUAUUACUUUCACUGUCAUACCAUUAACACAUUAGAGCUAAAUCGUCCACACAACUGCAGAACAUUCAAGACUGUUGCUCAGGGAUGCUCUGAAUGAUCAUUUUUGCACACAAUGCAUCCUGUUAAAAUGACAGCAAGCAAUGCAUUAUGGGAGGGAAAUGUGUGUAGGGGGUCAGCCAAUUAUGCUGGGUCAUUCUGCUGUACUGAAAGAUUGAGGAAGAAUAUGCAGCCUUGUUAUUUUUGGAUUAGUGUCUCAUUUGCUCUGCCUUCUGCAUGUGUGAUAAAAGGCAGGAUGGUCCUUGUGAUCAUUAAGCACAUUAAGGAUUCGAUGCAAAGUAAGGGAGCGUUGACAAGCUGUACGAGCAGAGCUGUAUCACAGAGCUCUCCAUUUUCAGUGCAUUAAUCAGGUAAACAACUUGCUAUGCUUUCUUCAAGUUCAUCUCCACUUUGUUGUCUGUUAUUGUACAACUAUUCCUUCUUUUCCUUUCACUGUAAUCAUUGAAGUUUUGUUGUCUUUGUGAACUAGAUCCAUUUUCUUGCACAUUUUAUCAAUAUAUAUGAAGAAGAGGUUUUUUCAUUUAAUGGGUGAGUUCCUCCUUGUAACCCACCUCCAUACAUUUUGUGCUUUAUAAAGAUACUGGUACAAAGUGCAAAUUUGUGAGGACUUUCUUUUAUACAUUUCUCAAAUUUCAUACUAUUAUAUUAAUAUCCAAUAUGAUUCAUUAUUUUUGGAUGAUUAAAUGAAAUUCUGAUAAAGAUUCGAGCUCUUUGGUUUAGGAAACAGUGACAUUUGUAUUUAACUAAAUUCCCUAUCAUGCACUUUCUACUGCAAAGUAUUCUGCCCAUACCUCUAUUCCUGGACAUAAUAUAAGAAAAAGAUGAUUGAAGGAUAUAGAAUAUAUUACAUUUUUUGGUUGUUUGGUCAUCCUGUCCUACAUAUAGUUCCUGCUCUGGGUUGUGAGCCAUAUCACUCAUAUCUAAAUCCAGCAAUGACUGUAUAAACAGUCAGAUACAAAGCUAGGGUUUGCCAUUGGCUGCCCCUUUGACCCCUAACCAAGAGAUGUGUUAUUCCCAUGUCGAUGUAAUUCACCACCACCAGAUCAAGCAGUUCUCCUCUAAAACGGGCCACAGUGAUACUCUGAAGUACUAUGUCCAGACUGUUAGUAAUUCUUGUUGUCUUGUUGUAUAUUAACUAUAAAUUGACAAGAAAAGCAUAAAUAAAUUACUUGUAUCAAUAUAUUGACAUUAAAUGUGACAAAGAAUUCAUGCUAUUUUCAUAACUUUUUCCUCUGUUAUUUGUAUUUUUUCUAGAA